AUGACUCAAACUGCCUUGUUCACUGCUUCCGCCGAAUACCGUCAUGAGUCGGCUCCAUUCGACCCUGCAGCGGACGUCAAAAAUGCACCCCCUGUCGUUGAUAGCAUUCGGGCUGCCGACAGCACUCUGAAAGUUUACACCCGGUCGUCCCCCAACUUUGAGGGUCUCCGUGGGAUGUACAACAAACUUAUCACCGGCCAACCGCUCGCUAUCUGUCGCCCGACAACCGUCGAGCAGGUCCAGAUUAUCGUGCGUGCCGCCCGAUCCGCCACUCCCCCCAUCCCUCUUGGAAUUCGCUGUGGUGGCCAUGAUGUCUACGGACGAGGCUGCACUCCCGACAGCGUCAGCAUCGACAUGCGUGAGCUGGACAAUCAAACCCUGUCUAGUGACCGUCAGUCUAUCCGCUUCGGCGGCGGUGUGACCUCCCAGAACCUCGUCGGGUUUUUGGACACCCACGGGCUCUGUACAGCCAAUGGCACUGCAGGCAAUGUCGGAUGGACGGGAUGGGCCGUGUGGGGUGGAUAUGGCCCGUUCAACGACUACGUGGGCCUAGGAGUCGACAACAUCCUCUCUGCGACUUUGGUUCAGGCCGAUGGAUCGAUUGUCGAGGCCGAGGCUGGCUCCGAGCUGCUGUGGGGCGUGCGGGGCGCCGGCGGUAGCUUUGGUGUUAUUGUCGACGUGAAAGUUCGCGUAUACCCGAUGCCUGUCAUCCUUGCGGGCUUUAUCGCAUACCAGUGGAAUGAAAGCGAUAAGGUCCUCUCGGGUCUGCAAGACAUGUUGGAUCAGGGCAUCCCCGAUGCGAUGUGUCUGCAGAUGGGCUUUAUGAAAACGAAGUGGGGGGUCGGUAUGAGUCUCAUCUUCGCCUGGCCCGAUUCAGAGACCCUUAACGAGGGGCAAAAGUGGCUUGCAGCCGUGAGGGGGUUAGGUGCUAUCCAGGUGGACACAGUUGCAGAAACCACCUUCAAGGCCUUCCAAGGGAUUACUUCCCGUGUCGUGGAAGAGCCCGUUAACGUCAGCACUCGGAGUUCAUCAAUUUCACGAUUCACGUCCGAGAGUAUUGCCCUGUUACAAAAGUACUCCGAGGCAAUCCCCGACGGUCGCCAAUAUAACGUUAUUGCACACAUUGGCCACGGAAAAAGCACGCGACCGAACCCCGACUGCUCGUUCGCCACGCGCGAACCCCACGUGUUGUUCCACAUCAAUGCCUGCGACGAGUUGGACCGCAUGGCCGAGGCCCAGGCGUGGGUCGAUGGCCUCAUGAAGGAAUUGAAUGCUACACGCCACGCGCUGAACCCCGUAUACGUGAGUUUCAUGGGGAAAGACGAAAAUGCGCGCGAGAGUUUUGGCCCGAAUUGGGACCGACUGCAAGCGCUGAAGGAGACGGUGGACCCCGAAAGUGUCUUCCGCUUCCCUUAG